GCAAAUCGCGGGUUCUAAAUUUUCCAAAAGUGCACAACCAUGGGCAAAAGAGUAAAACCUUCUUAGUCCAAUUCAUUGCCGAUCAAAACACCGGUGCCUCCUCCUCCACCAUGGCUUCUUCGUACGAACUUCGAUUUGAAGCUCACAACAAUAUCAAAUUCUAACACGCCUUUCGAUUCUUCUCCCAAUUUCUCUGUGCUAUUCGCAUAACCAAUAACAAGCACCAUUGUGAGGUUCCGAGGUACAUUGUUCAAUUGUUUCCUUUGUAAUAUAGAUUUGCCCUUUAUGUGCUUUAUUCAAUAUAGUGCUACGACUUUGUCAUGCACCAGUCUCUGUUCUGUGUAUUUGGCUCAAGAGAGGUGUGGGAAUUAGUGCUAUGGCAAGUCCAGAUAGACAAUUGUACCCUGGGCAACGUGGAUCCCACAUAGCUCCAUCAUUAGAUAGAUCAGGUAGCUUUCGUGAAAGCAUGGAAAAUCCAAUUCUGUCUUCUCUUCCAAAUAUGUCCAGAAGCAGUUCUUCUGCAACUCAAGGGGAUGUGGUGAGCUUCUUCAAUUGUGUGCGUUUUAAUCUAAAGUUGGUGGCUCCAGAGCAUAAGUCUAAUCGUCAAACAGAUUAUAAACGACUUGUCAGUGCUGCUCUUGGAAUUUCUUCUGAUGAAUCUCCAUCUAGUUCUGCCAAAGGCAAGCAACUAUCAUCCCCAGCACCAGAAGAUAUCAAACGGCUGAGGGAUAGUAUACAUGCAAGUUUUAGGAGGGCAAGGGAUCGUGCUAAAAUGUUUAGCGAAGCCCUGUCUAGAUUCAACAAAGAUUUCCAAAAUAUAACUUCAAAGAAAAGGUCUCGAGCUGAAACUUUUUCUAGUGAACGUUCUAGUUUUACAUUAAGUGAUCGACCAGUCUUGGGAACAAGCACAGGUAAGGUUGGAAUUCAAGGUCAUGCAGUCACAGGUGGUUUUGAACAUGACCAGCUGAAGUUGGAAGAAAGAACCAAAGUUGUUCCUAACAAGCGCACUCGAACUUCUUUGGUUGAUGUAAGGAUGGAUAUACGGACUAAUUCUCUUGUCAGGCCAUCUGGGACUGUAGAUAGGGACAAAGAAAUGUUACGGAUUGUCAAUAGUAGUGCAGUUCAGGGUGAGGAACGAACUUUACCGAUUGGAGGUGAUGGGUGGGAAAAGUCAAAAAUGAAGAAGAGGCGUUCUGGCAUCAAACCAGAUGGGUCUCCAAAUACAGCAUUGACAAAGCCUGUUAACCUUUUCCAGGAAACCAAACACGGAAUGCAACAAAGACUGGCCAACGAUACUCGUGCAAAAUUGAGUAAUGAUUCUCAUUCUUUCAGGUCGGGAGUUACUAAUGGAACCGUUGGAGCUGGAAAAUCAGAUGGCGUCUCUCAGCAGACAGGGUUGGGCAUACGUAUCUCUACUCCAAGAAGUGACCUAGAAAAUAAUUCUCCUGUCAAUGAUAGACGGGAUCGUCCCGUCAGUUCAGACAAGGAAAGGGUGAAUUUCAGAGCUGUUAACAAGACAACUGUUCGUGAUGAAUUCAAUUCGGCAAGCCCUAAUUCAAGUGCAAAAAUGAAUACACCUAUUCGGGCACCACGAUCUGGUUCAGGAGUAGCUCCAAAGUCAUCACCAGGUGUCGUUAGAGCAGCUGUCCCUAAUGAUUGGGAGCCAUCACAUUGUAUGACCAAGCCCCCUACCAGUGUUGGCACCAACAAUCGCAAGCGUAUGGCAUCAGCACGAUCAUCUUCCCCACCUGUUGUCCACUGGCAGAGGCCACAGAAGAGCUCCCGUACGGCUAGGAAAGCAAAUUUUGUGUCCACUGUGUCAAGUAUUGAUGAUUCCCCUGCUUUGGAUUCUGUGUCAGAUGUGACUGGUAAUGAUCUUGGAUUGGGAUUUGUUAGACGUUUGGCUGGUAAUUCUCCUCAGCAAAUUAAAUUAAAAGGUGAUUCUUUAACUUCAGCCGCCUUAUCUGAAAGUGAAGAGUCAGGGGUGGCCGAGAUGAAACCAAAAGAGAAGGGCAGGAAAUCAGCGGAGAUAGAUCAGAAACCUGGACAAAAUGUUCAAAAGGUUUCUAACUUCAUCCUUCCCUCAAGAAAAAGUAAGCUUGUUUCUGCAGAAGAACAUGGAGAUGGUGUUAGGAGGCAGGGUAGGACAGGACGCAAUUUUCCUGUUGCAAGGUCGCCAACACCAAUGACAUCUGAGAAGCUUGGAAAUGUAGGAACUGUAAAGCAACUUAGAAGUUCAAGACUAGGACUUGAGAAGAGUGAAAGCAGGGCAGGCCGUCCACCAACCAGGAAACUUUCUGAUCGUAAGGCAUAUGCUCGUCAGAAACAUACUGCACUUAGUUCAUCAGCAGAUUUUCUUGUUGGGUCGGAAGAUGGGCAUGAAGAAUUAUUGGCUGCUGUAAAGGGUGUAAUUAACUCUGCUCGUUCUUUUUCCAGCCAAUUCUGGAGGCAGAUGGAGCUUUUCUUUGGUUUAAUAACUGAGGAGGAUGUUGCUUACUGGAAGCAGAAGAUAAAUCAUGAAUCAAGUGGAUUGAUGUCAACUCCAGUUCCUUCAUAUAUAGAUGGUUGUGAAGCUGGUGCUAAUGGGUUUGGGUUAAUGGGCCAUAGAAGAGAUUUUGAACCUUGUAAUCAAGUGGGUGCUGGAGUUGUGGCAGAGCAGUUACAUUCCAGUGGAAUUCCCCUCUGUCAAAGGCUUAUAUCCGCUUUAAUUUCAGAGGAGUAUAGCAGUGAAAGUGAAGAUAUGAAGUUUGAUGCAUCUGAUGCUGAAUUUGAGGCUGAUGGAGAGUUGGAUUUGAGUAGUUUGGAUGACAAUUCUCGAUCUAAUUCUUAUCUUGCUUGUUAUUCUGCUUACAAUGGUUAUAGGAUAACUAGAACAUCAGGACAUGAUGAGACUGAAAGUGAUAAAGUUGAUAUCCCAUCAACUGGGUUGAAAUCAAAUCAGAGCAUGUCUACUGUGACCUGUUCAGAGUUGCAAUAUGCCACCUUGGGUAUGAAUGAAAAGCUUCUCUUGGAGCUUCAAAGUAUUGGAAUUUCACCAGAAUCAGUGCCUGAAAUGUUGCAAGCAAAUGAUGAAGGAAUUUGUGAGGAUAUCACCAGGUUGGAGGAGCAUUACCAAGGACAGAUGUCUAAGAGGAACUGCCUACUGGAUGGAUUAUUACGAUCUGCUUCAGUGACAAAAGAAGUUCAAGAAAAGGAUUUUGAGAAAAAUGCUCUUGACAAACUCCUCAUGAUGGCUUAUGAGAAAUACAUGGCUUGUUGGGGUCCUAGCUCAUCAGGUGGGAAGAAUGCAAGCAACAAAAUGGCCAAGCAAGCUGCAUUGGGAUUUGUUAAACGAACAUUGGAACGAUGCCAACAAUUUGAAGAUACAGGCAAGAGCUGCUUCAGCGAGCCUUUGUAUAAGGAUAUGUUCCUCGCUGCUUCCUCCCAGCUAAGUGUUGUUCGAGAAUUAGAUGGCAUGGAGGCUGAGUCCGUAAAACCUUCUGCUUCUUCCUUUUUUCUGGAAGCAAGAAAUGGUUCCAUGGGUUCACAACAGAACCCUUCACAAUUUAGUCAGAACGCGAAAGAUCAUGAUUUCAAUUCAUCAGAUAUUCGUCAUGCUGUAAAUGGUUCCUCUGAACAGGCUAGUGGGAAGGAAGAUCUUUGGUCAAACAGGGUGAAGAAAAGGGAAUUGUCCCUUGAUGAUGUUGGCAGUACCAUUGGGAGUUCAAGUGCUCCAUCAGGCAUUGGGAGUUCUCUAUCAAAUAGUACAAAAGGAAAGAGAAGUGAGAGAGACAGGGAUGGAAAAGGCUAUAGCAGGGAAGUGCCAUCCAGAAAUGGUACUACUAAAGUUGGUAGGCCAGCAUUAUCUAGUGCUAAGGGAGAAAGGAAACCAAAAUCAAAGCCUAAGCAGAAAGCCACUAAGCAUUCUGUUUCUGUAAAUGGCCUCCUCGGCAAGCUAUCAGAGCAGCCUAAGUCAAAGUCUAAUGAAGUGUCUAAUAAUAGCAAGAGCAAGGAGAAAGAUGAGUUUGGCAUUGUUGAAUAUGAUGACCAUGAGCCUAUUGAUUUGUCCAACCUUCAACUACCUGGAAUGGAUGUACUUGGUGUUCCUGAUGAUCUCGGUGACCAAGGUCAGGAUAUUGGUUCAUGGUUGAAUAUCGAUGAUGAUGGAUUGCAAGAUCAGGAUUUUAUGGGGCUUGAAAUUCCCAUGGAUGAUCUUUCAGACUUGAAUAUGAUGGUUUGAAACCGCUUUCUGUGUAUAGACCUGUUCAUUAUACCAAUGACAAAGGAAACAAAGUACCUUUAAGAAAUGACUAGUUACAUAGGAUGGUUUUAUGGCUGAUCCUGUCGUCAAUUAGGUUAUAUAUAUUCUUUGGUAGACUUCCUUCUCUAAGUUGUUUUUAAUGACCUACCCAACUGUUUUGGAUUUUGCCCAUGUUGAAGUUCAGGAUUUCCACUGUAAAGAUCAUUUUGUUCUAGGUACAAGUUAGUAUUCAUUCCUAGUGAUUAUAUGGUAGCAACCACUCCUGGUUGUAGCUCUUACAAAUCAGAGAAAAGGCUUUUGUACAUACAUUUAAUAUUUCUAAUAAAAUCAGCUUCCAUUUGCUGAAUUGACCUUCCUAUUUA